CUCGCCGCGUCGACUUCGCACGAUCGCUCUCAUCAGACGCGUCCGUUUCCCUACCCUUCCUUACAGCUACUAUUAUUUUUUUCGCCCACGACUUGCACAACGCGCGCGUUACACUUAAAAAGAUACAAAACUAAACAAAAAGGAAACAGAUUGGAAAGAGUUAAUGUUAAAGUAGGAACAACAACUACAAGCCACUAUACUAACCCACGAACACCAAGCAACUUAAACUAAAGCACAGACAUACACACAUACUCGACUCGUAUGUAUAUGUGUAACUAAAUUUUUUUUGCAAAACUUUAAAUACGUGUAUUCAAGCAGAUAAUCAAACAAAGCGCAAAAAAUAAAACAAAAAACCAAAAAAAUAAACGAAGCAACGAAAGUAAAGCAAGCGUAAGCUAAAAACUGAAAAGUGCAGCAAUUAACAAAGUAACAUUGAUAAAUCAAGAGAGAGAAGAAGCAAAAGGUGAACAAAUGCAAAAAUGUGCCAUAAUUCGGGCAUUGAGAGUGAACUGCAAAUCCAACGGUAUGUCUCCGUUGGUAUGCCGGAGAAGGCGAUCAAAAAAGUGAAGUACACGCUGCGCAAGCGCGAGCAAAAGAAGCAGAAGCAGCAGCAGCAGCAGCAGCAACAACAGCAGCAGCAGCAGCAGGAUCAGCAGCAACAACAAGAACAAGUUGAUGUGAGCAGCGGUAGCAGCAACAGCAGCAGCAACGAGGAUGAGUCCAAUGAUGAGCAGGAGUUAAUGUUCGAUAUUGAUGCAACAAUUGGCAACAAUCAUAGCAACAACAAUAACAGCAUUGCUGCAACAAGUGCAGAGAUUGCUGCUGGCAGCAUCAGCGACAACAAUAGCAGCGAAUGCAACAACGCUGUGGAGGUGCAAGCGUGCCCAGAAAACGCAGAAAAUGCGGGCACACCAACAGCAACAAUGCUGACAGCGACAGCAACAACAACGCAGCUGGCGGCAGCAGCAGCAGCACCAGCACCAGCAACAGUUAAAGAAGAAGAAGUAACAACACCACCACCCACCAUUUACACUAGCAGCGACCUUUUGAAAAUACCCAAGAUGUGUGGACGCUAUCGCAAAAUUCAGCAAUUGUUGCAACUGCAAAAACAAGUUGAGCCAACAGCAGCAACUGCAACAGCAACUGCAACUGCAACAGCAACUGCACCAACUGCAACAGAGACAGCAACACUAACUAAGCAGCAGCAGCAGCGCAAACUUAGCUCCAUGGAGCCCUCCAUGGACGAUGCUCUGGCCAUUGGCACACAAUUGACACGCCAAUUGGCGGAACGUGUUUACAUUUUGGUCGCCCGUCUACAAAACAGUCGCCUAUACACUAUUUUGACGCGCACAACACAGCCAGCACACCUGAUCGCUAUAUGCAUAUUAUCUUUUGUGCUGCUGACCGUUGGACCCGAUCUCAUUGAGAACAGCCCGACGGCGGAGAUGGCGACGAUGUCAAGUCAGAUUCAGAGUCAGAGUCAGCAACAGGCCAAGCUGAUAUUAACAAAGCACGCGACGACCGGAACGUUGACACGCGACGGUGAUGGGAACGUGGGAGUCGGUGCGGGCACGGGCACGGGCACGAGCACGGGCACGGGCACGGGUACGGGCAGCAAUUGGGCAACGCUCGUCUAUUUGGGGGCGUUUGCCACACAUUUUGGCUCACAAAUCUGGAUGACUUUUGUCUCGGGCCUCUCGCUGUACUUCUCAUUACCACGUCACACAUUUGGACAGUGCCAGCAGAUAUUGUUCCCGAAGUAUUUCGCAUUGAACGCCAUGCUGAGCAUCUCGAUGCUGAUCAUCUAUGUGAAAUACUUUCUGAGCACGUGGACCACAGCGGCUGGACUGCAGCUGGGCGCACUGGCGCUGAUGGCCGCCAUUGAGGUGGUGGUACGUCUAUAUUUGGCGCCGCCGAUGCUGCGUCUCAUGCACGAGAAGUACAAGAUCGAGGAUGCCAUUGGCAGCGGUCAGGAGGUGGGGAGUCUGGUGCAGGGCGAUCUGGUGCAGUGUCCGCACUAUCAGCGCAUCCAUAAGGCAUUCCGUCGCAUUCACAUGACCAUUGCGAUUGGCAAUAUGAUUGUGCUCUUGGCCACAUGUCUGCAAUUGUAUUUUCUGGCAUCGAAAAUACGCAUUAGCUAAGACGUGAAAAUCCGCCAACCACCCACCCCCACCCGCACCCACACACACACACACACACACACACAUAAACACACACACACACACACAGCAUUUAGCAAGUAUAAGACAAUUUAGACAUAGUCGAAUUUUUUUCUGUUUGUGUAGUUAAUUUUCGUGCAACGGUAAAUGCAGAGGAACAUAUAAAGGCAGCGCCUAAAAGGCUGCAACGCUUUUUGUCUCAACAAACAAACAUCAUUGGUGAAUAGAUUUGAAGCAAUCGCGUCUAUGUUGAAAACAUCCAUGAAAUGCAAAAAUCACAAUGAAUUUCUACUUUUAGUGCACAUCACAGUAAUAUUAUUACACACUCACACACUCAUCCCCUCUCACACCAACACACACCUAUACAAGGAAAUCCUGAUUAUGUAUUUUAAUGUCAACGAUUGUCGCAAA